GAGCCGUCCCCGGUGAGCGGCAAGAAGAGUAAAAUCGGCGCUCCAUCGGUGAGCGCUCCUGUUGCGGCAACGCCCAUGGCCGCGUGUCCCAGCCCGCCGCCUUCACCCCUUCUUCUCGAAUGUCCCGAACCCAAUUGCUCGAAAAAGUACAAGCAUAUCAACGGUCUGAAGUACCAUCAGACUCACGCGCACGGCUCGGCCGCCGACGAUGACGACACGAAAGAUCUAACAUCAAUGUCGGAGAACGACGAGUCGAAUAUUGAGGCGCCCAGCCCAGUGACGCCGGCCAAGUCGCCGGACAAGUGCCAGGACAGUCCAUCGAACACCCCAGUGAAGAAAGACAGCGGCUUGACGGAGUCUCUGGCUAGUGGAAGCAGCGCCGAAGUACCGAGCACUCCACCUUCCCCGGCAACGCCGCCUAUUGCUCACGAGCUGCCGCCUGCGGCGAUUGUCUGCUCUCCUAGCGGGCCGUUGGCAGCGGACAUUGCGCCCGCUGCCAAGCCGCAGGCCGUGGUUAAACCAGCUAUCUUGAGAUUCACUGCGCCCACCCCUGCAGAGGAAUACUCGAGCGUCCCGACGGCUGCUAUAGGCAUUUUUGCGCACGCUGUCAAGCCGCAAAUCCCAGCAGCACCCCAGCUGGCAACAUCCACUCAACUACUAGCAGCUCGGACGGGCGCCGCGGCGCCUCUGCCUGCCGAGCCCAGUGGAUUGCCUUCGGAUAGUUUGGCGCCUCAAUCGUUCGCUGCCCAACUGCAAACGCAUGUCGGACUCGGGGCGACCACCCAGUUCAGCCAGCCGCCCAACAUAAUUAUCCCGAAUCAGCCCCCCAGCGCGCAACUGUCACCCACGUCGCCCACCCAGACUGUUAAACUGACGCCAUUCAAAGUGAAACCGACGUCAGCGCUGAUGCCGGACGAGAAAAAGCAGGCGCCGCCUCCCCUCCAGAACCCAAACGGGGCCAAGUCGAGUUUCAAGAAAAAGAAUCGCAAGUCGCCGGCGGACAGUCCGCACCUAAGCCCUGCCGAUCCGCCGGUGUUCGGGAUGGAGCAGAGUGGGCGGGACGAGGUUCAAAGUCCAGCCUACUCGGACAUUUCCGAUGACGGAGCUCCAGUCGGGCUAGAGAGUGAGGUGGACAAGGGCAAGAACCCGGACAAGAAGACUGAAAGUGGCCAGGCGCUGCCGCACAUGAGCCAAUACGGGAUCUAUCCAUACUUCACGCAACCGCACCAGUAUGUCGUGCCCAAUCAGCAGCAGCCGCAGCUCGAGACUGCCAGCAAGCCGAAGGAGCCGGAAAAGGGCCCGGAAAGGGAGAAGGCCAGUAGUGAAAAGGACAACAAGAAGGAGACAGCCGACUAUCCGCAAAAGAUGCUGCAGCAGCACUAUUACCCGUAUCAGUACAUGCCCGGGUACCCAUACAAUAUGGAUCCGAACUAUGGCAGCGUGCCCAUGCAGCCGGAUGACAAGCACAAAGAAGACGGCAGGAUGAAGGAGAGCCCCAGUCCCAUUGAGCCGGCAGCCAAGCCGCCGCCGCCCGCGGCCGCGAUUCAAGUUUCGAUGGUCAGCAAGCCUAAGCAAAGCGAGCACUCGGCGAAGGACAAGCACCAGAAUGACAACCAUCAGAUUAUCAAGGAGAGCAUCGAAAUGAAGAACCAGAUGAGUCCGUACCUGUACUCGCGGCAGGCGGCGCAGCAGCCCCCGCAGCCGAUCGCUCAACAUCACGGGCAUCGGGAGCGCGAACGGGAAGAGGAGGCCAGACGGUACUACGUGUACGAGCAGCAAAGACGGAAAGAGCACCAACAACAGCAACAUCAAGCCGAACACAAGCAGGGCUCGAACCCGAAGAUAUCGCAAAGCCCCAACGUGAAAACGAAAGAUAUCAAAAUGGAGGAGAAGAAGGAGAAGGAAGUGAAGCAGGAGGGCGUGAAGCCUACAAUGGAGACCCAAGGCCCGCCGCCUCCGCCCACUUCGCAAUACGCCUACAUCCACCCCAGCUACAUGCAGGGCCCGCACUACGGAACAUUGCCGUUCGAUCCCAGCCACCCGAUGUAUCGGGGCAUUAUGGUGCCGGGGCCCUACAGCAGUAACCCCUACCUGCACCCGCAGAUGCCGCGCUACCACGCCCCGGAAGAUCUGUCACGCGCCCAGCCGCCCUCUAAAGCGCUCGAUAUGCUGCAGCACCACGCCCAGUACUACUCCUCGCAUAAGAUUCACGAGCUGCAGGAGCGCGCCAUCAAGUCGCCCACCCCCAAAACGUCCACAGCCAGUUCGAGUCCCUCAACCAAUGUGCCAGCCUCGGGGCAGUCGCCUGCGCAGAUGAGCGCCCCUCCCACCACGCAGGCGGCGAGUGCCACCACUGCGAGCGGGAAACAAACGCCCGGCGAAAACAACAAAGAGUCUCGGUCGCCGCCACCUCAGCGACAUGUACAUACACAUCAUCACACCCACGUUGGACUGGGCUAUCCGAUUUAUGGUGCUGGGCCUUAUGGGGGUAAGUGUUAGUUAGUAAGCGACUCUCCCAUUAUUGGUAUUAGAACAUUAUAUAGAACAACUCGUUCACACGGUGACAGCGACCAGUGUCACAGUGUCGUAGCUCAAACAAUUUUGAUAUGUGUCACUAACGUCACCACUCUGUGACUUUCAACUGUCACUCAGACAGUGAUAUUCACAGAACACCUCUGAACAAGAAGUGACAACUCCAUGCAAACGCCCGUGAUCGCUUAUGCGCGCUCUCUGCCAGGUGUUGACGUCCGUAAAUUAAAAGGAAGCGGGAAUUUCGAUUUAUGGAUCAACAACUUAACAACUACAUUAAAAAGUCACUGCAUUUGUAACAGCUACCUUUAAAAUGAUGUAACGCUGGCAAACACAAACUUAAUACUGACCUAAAAACAAAAUGGGUACAACAUGUAGGUAUAUGUGUUGACGUUAUUAGAAAAAAACAUAGUCAUAAAUGAUAAAAAUAUUUAUUAUAGCAGAAAAAAGAAAAACAGUCAAAUGAUCAACAUAUUUAUAAUAACAGAAAUAGGAAAGAACAAAGGACACCCUAUAAACGAUCAACAUAUAUAACAGAAAUAGGAUAAACAGACGUAUAAAUGACAAACAAGUAAAA